GAGUUCUGUACCAUCAGCUGGAGAAGACAGUGCCUUUCUGUUACAUCGUGCGUUCACCUGCCAUCACUGCCUUCAGAAGUGAGUCUGUUCCUCUGUACUGCUCUUGACAUAUUCAGAAAAAGAAAUAAGAUGAAAUGUUUUUGUGUUUGCAAAGCAGACUGCUUUUGGUAGUUGCCAAUCUCUGUGCCUUUGGAGAAGGGGCUGAAGAAUGUGGGGAAGGUGGUAAGAUGAAGCAGGUAAAACUGCUCAUGCUGUUAGUUAGCUAAGUGGGUUUCAUUCAGGUAUCUACACAUGAAGCCUCAAAUCACGAGGGAAAGGCAGAAAGGAGGCAGUGGAAGGAUGGAAACAAACUCAGUUGUAAAAUUCAUUAAUUACCAUGAGCAGCAGUAAAGACUUUUGAUACUGAGCUUGAUGAAUUCUGGACUGUUAGAUUUGUAUAUGGGAUCAGUGAAAAAGCUUGGAGGAUGUGUUAAACUUCAGUGCUGUUUUCUCUGAUUUUGUCAUGUUGGAGAAAACUAGAAUUGAAUGAAUGGACUAUGCCUGAGUAACGCUGUCUCUAUGCCUGAGUAAUGCUUUCAGCUCUGCUACUGACUCUUGGUGACUGGCUUUGGCAGGACUCAUCAGACUUGCAUACCUUAAUGAGUUGAUUCUGUUUUCUGUUUUUUUGGAGUUGGUUUUGGUUAAAUAACUCUUUGUGAUGCUUGGUGCUCCUCGAAAUCAGUCCGCUUAGGUAGGGAUCUCAGACCAAGUUCCUAGACUGUGAACAUGCGGUGCCCUUGUCUUUGGCAUUAGAACUUGUGACAUUCGCAGUACUGUGGGUUUGCUGCUGUAAUGUCAGUGCUGGAGACUGAAGAAGAGCUGACUAGUUUGGCCUGUCUGCACAGUAUGCUACUGAGUGCCAUUUUCCUUACUUGCAAACGCGACCUGUAGCUUUAUAAAUACUUUAAAACAUCAUUCUUUUCCUCAGUCGUAUUUCUGCCACGUUUUUCUAUUCAGCCGUUGUGUAUCUGCACAGUGGAAGUUAACUUUCUUUUUUCCCUGUCUCAUCUGGGUAGUUUUCAGCCACACUGUGCCCGUGCUGUGUCGUAGCGUGGGUUCUGUGCGUGAAGAGGAAGGGGUGUGUGUCAGCAGGGGGUGGAAGAGAAGUCUGGAGUGCCCCUCUGCUGGCAGCCUGGAUGCCUGCCCAGUGCAGACAGCUACGUAAGCAUGGCUCAGCGCAAUAAUUAAGGAAACAGGAAGCAGGGACUCACCACAGAAACGAUGAGUCCCAAGGUGGAGUUUUUGUUUUAGCUCCAGAGCUCUCUGUGUGCCCUGUUUAAGCACGCAUCUUGCUUUUCUGCCUUACAGAACUGUUUUCUUUGGGUUCCUGAUUGUUUACUGAGUUGUGUCAGGCUUAUUGCAUGAGCGAAGCAGAAAGGCACUAAAACAGACAAGAUGAGUUCUGGCCUUGUCCUGUGCAGCUGUGAGACUGGAGGAGGGUUGAUAGGACUGCUGGAAAGACCCAAAGCUAUACACAGUGACUCUGCGUUGAUACUGUGGGCUCACCUUGGCUUUUAUCACUGUCGAUUUGUGCCCGUGCAGCUGUGGGUCAACUCCAGCUUCGUCAGUUUUUACCAGAACCAAAUUAAUACCUGUGUGGGGGUCAUUUUUGGUUAUUCAGCAGUAUAGCAGCGCUAGUCAAUUGGCUGCUGUGUUGCAUACAGCUGAUCGGCUAAGGGGAGGUUUCACAGUGCAGUUUGUGGCUGGAUGAGGGCAGGAGCUUCCUUCUGGCAUGGCAGCACCCGUGUUAGCAUCCCUGGGGCUGUGUGGGACAUUGAGUUGAAGCAGAGAACUGGUUCAGAAGGCAGCAGCUGGCUUUAUGUAGGAUUCAGCUUUCCUGCUGCCUUAAAGUGAGCCCUGCCGUUACGGCUAAAAAUCUUUCUACUUAGUAAUAACAGAUUCUCAUUUGGUUUGGUUUGGUCUAGAGUUGCCAGUGCUGGCAAUGUUGUAAGCUGCUUGUGGUUGCUGUGGUCUGCUUGGAGCUCUUCUCUCCGAGGUUAUGUCUUCCCACCCUUAAGGUUGCCUUCCUCUUUCUGGGGUACUGUUACGUAUGAAGAGCUUGCCUAGGACAGCCAUAGCAUUGUUGGUAUUGUCUCAACACAGGUGUCACCUACUAAAAAUGCAAUCUUUUUUUCAUCACCACAACUCAAAAUAGCUCGCUAGGUAAGAAUUUUCAAGGGAGAAAAACUGAAAACAGUAUUUCACUGUCCCACACAAAACAAAGCUCCAGUUUUUUGUAAAGGUUUCUCACUGGCUGAAAAUAUUGCCUGUGCUGCCAUCACAACAGAUACUGUUCUAACACUGACAAAAAUAUGGGGGUGAUCUUUGUUCAGGCAGUCACAGAAUAGGCCGUGCUCAUCCUUGUAAGUUUAACUUGUGUCCAUAUCCGCAACUGUGGCUUGCUUGUUGAGACUGAAGCAAAAGGAUUAUUACAGCUCUUUUCCAAAAGCUGUCUUUAGCUUUAGGUUUCUAGAAGUGGAAAAGCCUGGCUGUUGUGGGUGCCUUCUUUGCUAGCUGGGGCACUCUUACUGUUCUGUUUUGAAUGCAGCCCCUUGGUGCAUUGCCUUUAUGUGGAUUUGAAGAAGUCUUUCCCUUUGAUCUGCCUGGGGAUUAUUAAUUCUCUGUUGUAAUUAAUGGAGGCUUUGUCUUUCUCCUGCAGUCUUUAUCAAAGAUCUCAGAGCCUUUUGUAAAUGUUAAGCGAUUCGUAAUGCGGCUGAGGCUGGUGAGUUGUGUGUGUGGUUCGUCCCUAGAACGGAUACAAAGAGUCUCAGUGUAUCUCCAUGCACUGUGCUUGGGGUCUGUUUGACAUGUGCCAGCGCAACAGUUUUCUUGGGAAAUGCCAGUUUUUGCAAAACUCUCUUUUUUUAGUGUUGGCUGCUCCAUUAGGAGGAAUUAUCUGGUGCAUACAUCCCUCUGGAGGAGGGAAGGAGUGCUGUGCCCCUGGUCUGCGUGGGGUACCAAUGGAAUUUUAUAUCGACUUUCCAGUUUGCAGAAGUCUCAGGAUAUGAAUUGCAGGCAGGCAUGUGGCUGGUUGAAGAAGUCCCCCUGGUCCUGGCUGUGUCUCUGUGAAGAGCAGUGAGACUUUGGGGGCAUGAGAAGAGCUUUCUGUGCUGCGCUGGUUGUACAGUCCGUGCACGUUUCCCUUCUGCAUCCUGCUUGUACCAAGGACGAUGACAGUCACUUGAACAAGUCGUGAAUAGUAGAGCCUAGAGUAACAAAGCAGAGCAAUAGCUUCCAAAGUUAGGGUUUAAUCACGAGAUGAAAGUAUAAAAUGUAAAAGCUGUGGUCCGGCAGUGCUGAGGAGACAGCUCAGCACCCGUUGAGUUAGAAGGCAAGCGCUGUACCCGGAGCCCUGUGAUGGUUCUGUGGCAGCUGCUGCUUUCUGUGGGGGAGACUGAGCCCUGCAGUCAGAAAUAACCAGGGCUAAAAUUAAGUAGCAUUUGCUUUUGUAAGAGGCUGAAGCUUGUGGUUGGCUUUUGAAUAGCAAAGCAGAGACUAGUAAAGACUUAAGAGGUGAACUGGUGAAACCUUAAUAACUAACUAAAUAAAUAUAUUAAUUAGGCUAGAAUUAUUAAGUUAAAGGUAGAAAGGAUGAAACUGUUGCCAUGUUUGCUCCUUCUUAGAAAGGAGAAAGCAGAGGCUUCUUUCAGUGCUCCUGCUGACUUUAAAGGUCAUUUCCCUGCUGUGAGAAAUGCUCGACAGCCGUGCUGGCACUUCCAGCAUCCUGUAGCUGAUUGCUGCUGUUCUGUGCAGUUUGCAUUUAAUCCUGUGCACCUACACAGCCUGCCUGGCUUACAGAUGUAGUGCUGCUUUGCAUGUGUGUGUGCAGUCUGGUUGUUAUAUUAAUUUUUUGGAAAGGCCAGCACAGCUCCCACCAUGACAAAAUUGUGUUGACUGCUGGUACUGCCAGGGACUGUUAAAAUGUCGGAGAGCUGCCAGGAGCCCUUGCUGCUUUCCAGGGGACUGGUGGAGAAGUGACCUUUUUCUUUUGAAUUUGAAUUUCUGGAUGAGGGAGAGACGUGAGGCUUUGGCUGAACGCCUUGGCCACUUGCCCGUCCAUCGUUGCAUUUGGACUUUGCUAGUGCUGGCUGCCAAGGGCCCAAAGGAGCUGGGAGGACUAGUCUGCAAAUUCAGCAUCAGCUCAGAGAGGGGAUCCCAAGGCAGACAUCUGUGGGGAAUCCCAGCUAGUUCUGCCAAAGCUUUCAAGGCACCGUCUUUCUGGACCUGUAUUUACACCUGGGUUGCCUUGUACAGGUUCACAACUCAGUCAUUAGACUGUCAGCCAGUGUUACCUUAAGGCUGUAAGCAUUUAGCAGAGCCUCUGCUGGGAGUCAAGAUGGGGGCAUACUGUCUGUGAGCAGGGGACCAUUUGCCGGGUGCUAGGGCGGCUCGGAGGAGAUCUACUGGCAUGGCUGAGUGACGUCUGCUGUGGCAUGCUGUGAUGGUGGACCAAACAGAAGCUGGGUCUGCUGGGAACAGUCUGGGCUAAGCAGUCACAAUCCCUGUCUGUGCUCCAUCUUCUGGCUCUGCUGUUGUCCCUUAUUGCAGGUUUCCUAACUGCCCUGUAAGAUGAAAUUAUUGGGCUUUAGAGAAAGAUGUUUGAUGCAGAUUUCAUUGAGAGAGCAGACAGAAUUACUCCAGUGCAACAGGAGAAAACAUCUCUUGCAGGAAGGGGCAGAGGAAAAGACAAGAAUUUGUGAAUGGGCAGGUGGAUAGCAGUGAGUGACCUGCAAGAAGAAGGUAAAAAUGCUAUCAAUGCACCAAUGAACCCAAGCGCUGUGGACAUCCAUCCAGAGGAUACUCUCUUAGAGGAGAACGAGGAACGCACUAUGAUUGAUCCUAACUCAAAAGAAGACCCUAAGUUCAAAGAACUGAUCAAGGUUCUAAUUGACUGGAUUAACGAUGUGCUGGUGGAGGAGAGAAUCAUUGUUAAACAGCUUGAAGAGGACCUUUAUGAUGGGCAGGUGCUGCAGAAGCUACUAGAAAAAUUGGCUGACCGUAAACUGAAUGUGGCAGAAGUGACUCAGUCUGAGAUUGGUCAAAAACAAAAGUUGCAGACGGUCCUGGAAGCUGUCCAUGAUUUACUUCGACCCCAUGGCUGGACAAUCAAGUGGAACGUUGACUCAAUCCACGGCAAGAACUUGAUUUCCAUUCUUCACCUUCUGGUAGCUUUGGCAAUGCAUUUCCGGGCUCCAAUUCGACUGCCUGAACAUGUGUCUGUACAAGUGGUGGUUGUACGGAAACGCGAAGGCCUUCUGCAGACGACUCACGUUACAGAGGAGCUGACGACUACGACAGAGAUGAUGAUGGGAAGAUUUGAGCGCGAUGCCUUUGACACGCUCUUUGAUCACGCGCCGGACAAACUCAGCGUCGUCAAAAAGUCUCUGAUCACCUUUGUGAACAAACACUUGAAUAAGCUGAAUUUGGAAGUAACGGAGUUAGAAACUCAGUUUGCAGAUGGUGUUUAUUUGGUUUUGCUCAUGGGUCUCCUUGAGGACUAUUUUGUUCCACUUCACAACUUCUACUUAACGCCUGAAAGUUUUGAUCAAAAGGUUCACAAUGUUUCCUUUGCUUUUGAGCUGAUGCAGGAUGGAGGACUCAAGAAGCCAAAAGCUCGCCCUGAAGAUGUUGUCAACUUGGAUCUGAAGUCUACCCUCAGGGUUCUAUACAAUCUGUUCACGAAGUACAAGAAUGUGGAAUGAUCCUGGAAGCUGCUGAGAUCUUCAUUCUACCAGUCUUCUUACGCAAAAAAUCCAAUGAAAAUACCCUCUGCACAUUCCCUUUGUGCCUUAUACUAUACUUAAUAUGUUCUUCCCACAAUUGCUAUGAUCUCUGUAGCUGUUUGUAUGACAGUCUCACUAAAAGUUAUGCAUGUCUAAUCUUUGUCACUUAAAAAUGUGUAGAUAUUUUAUGCUUUUAACAGAUGUUCUUGAAUCUGUUUGCUGUGAUCAACAAAUAUUCUCUUGAUAAAGGAAAUAUACCACUAACUACUUUAAUAAGCAGGGAAAACUUGAGACUUUACUCAUGACUGUAGACUCUGAUUCUGUAAUAACCUUUCUUUCAUUUGAUGAUUUUCCAGACUUAACCAUUAGUAUUAGAAACCAUUGACCAUUAGAAAAUCAGCAUUGAAAGGUUUUGGGAGGCUGUGCCUUUUCUGUUAAAUAAAGUUUAGUACAUUCUAUUGAGUGAGGUUGAGGCUAAUUACAGGCACUAUCUGAAGCUUCAGUUUUUGUGUUAACCUCAUAUACUACUCUGUUAUUUCCAUUCAGUGUUUACACAGAAUAAGACGUGCAAUGGGAUAACCAUGUAGUCUUUUGAGGUCUCUUUUUAUUUCAUCUCCUUUCUAGGAGAAAUACGUUUGCGAGAACCACUGUCAUCCUUUAGGUAUGCAGUUUCAAUCAGGUCAGUUAUCAGGAGCUUGUCAAAUAUCCCCAGGUUGGAUUAAUGCUUUCUCUCCCAAUCCUUUCUGAGAUGCGUGAGGAGAAUAAUGAACUUGACAGUUCAAAGGUUGGCACUUGAUCUCAUGUAACUAAGAUAAGGUUGGAUUCCUCUUGAAGUUGCUGGCACCCAUACAGUUUUGGGGGUCAAGCAUUUAUAAACAGUUUUUAUGUAUUUUCUUUCCUGAGGAUUGAAAGUGAAUUCCUGUGUAAAUAAGAGCUUGCCUCCUGGAUUACCCUGGCUUCUACAUAAGGCAAAGUGUACUCAGUGCAAGAUAGUAGUUAACUCAAAGUUGAAGCUUUUCAGUGAUGUUUAGUUGUGCUUCAAGGUAAUUUCAAGUUAUCCUGUGUCAUGCCAAGAACUGAAUUGUAGAAUUUUACAAUAGGAUUUUUCUCCUUUACUCCUUAAACAUUUUUUAAUCUUAGGAAGAAGAGAAAUGGGCUUCUGCUUCUUCGUUUCUUAUUUUGGGAUUCUGAUUUCCAGUGAUGAAUUACUUGUGCCACCUCCCCUUGUGCCUCCAAAACAAAAGUGAAAGGAAGCUUCUCUAUUUUUCCAUGAAAAAUUCAGGUCCAUGUAUUCUGUGGGAUUCUUUGGGAGUCAUUGUUUGUAUUUAAGGAGCGACUGACUUCUUGCUGUUUAUGCAGUGCCUAGUACUAUAGGAUUUGAAUUUUGGAUGAGACUAUUAGGCUCUACCAUGGUCUUGGCAGUUAUUGUAGAGGAGACUUGUAGAAGCACUGAGACCAGGUGGGUCAGCUUUCCUGGCAAGUUAAUUAAAUUGAUCUAACUUUUGUACUAUGAAAUAGGCUGGAAGAUGAUUGAACUGAAAUGUCUCUCAAACUUUUUGUUUAAUGCCAUGCAUUUGUGGGAAAUGAGUCUGUAGAAGAGCCAUCAUUCCACUCACCCCCUAGAUGUGGAAGUGCCAGUGCUAUCUCUAUUAUCUGAGAUGUUGGGAAAGACCUCCAGAGAAUCUAGUUGUGAAAUUACUGGCUAUAUUAAUAUAAAAAGCAAACAAAAAAUAAGAGGAGGAGGUGGAUGAGAGCAGUUUUGGUUUGAAAGAAGGAAAGGCUAUUUCUGAGAUGGGAAUUUGCAUCUGAUAUCUUAAUUGCAUAUGAGCAGAUGUGAACACAACAUAUUUUAAGGGAGUCUCUGUCUUGUUCAGUUAGGUGUUUCUAGUUACUCUGCAGAAACUUGAAUCCCUCCUCUGCAAUCUGAGGCAUGGGUCUCUUCUAGCAUUUGUUACGCUAACAUCCCAGCUGGUCAAGACAGGAUUGACACACUGGACAUGCUGAGGGCAAGUGUCAUAUCCUGUGAGUUUUGUUAUCUUUCUUUAAGUCUGUUGGUACAUGUUGCACAGGGAAAAUGCAUUUUUUCAUUCCUUAGCUCAUUGCUGUAUAACCAGGUCACUCUUCCUGAGAAUGCUGUCUUUACUGUUGACCAAAGUGGGAGAGGGAAUGGACCUUAACUAAACUGGAGCUUCGUUGCAAGCAGAACAGUUGACAGGAAGAACAGUGUAGGCAAAACCUUCUCUAAACAUGUUUUUGUCAUGACUUUGUUACAUAUGCAUGAUACUUACUCUCAAAAACAUAAGUCAGUGUUUAGAAUGCUAUUCGUGAACUCUUUGCUUUACUGGAGUUUUAGAUAUGUUCUCCUGGGUACAAGUGGGGUAGAUUUGAAUCUGUUGAGUUCAUCUGGAAUGCUGAAUGCUUUGCAACGCUAAAGUUUCCACAUUUUUAAAUACUUAAUGAAUGUCUGUCUCUUCCAGUCCAUACAACUCGCCUUUUAGGUGUGUCCGUUUGACAUACUCAGAUCCAGUGAGCUGUAUUACCACAGAAGAAGCCCAGGUAUUCCUUAGCUGCAUCCUAUUUCUCAAGAUGAAAAAGCAGCAAAGCAGAUUAUAUUUUUUUGAUCAGUUAAAACUUACGGAGCUUCUCACCCCUCUUUCUCAAACCCCAGUGCUUUCAACGUUAAUGUAUUUUUUUAAGAAUCUUUUCUACCGUUUUUAACAGUGUUUACUCUUGAUAUCUUACUAAAAACUAGUCUUGCAAAUAAAAUUCUGGACUUGUCGUGUGUGACAAGAGUUGUGUACUGUAAGCAAGUUACAAUGCAAUGCUAUGUUUGCUAAAGAUAACAGCAGGAGUGUUGUGCAUGGUUUUGUGACUGUUGUACUAUUUAUUCAAAUAAAUAAAUGAUGAUCA